AUGAGUUCCAAGAAAAAGAACUUGACGGAAGAGGAAACGGAACAGUCAGACGAAGAGGAACAGCCACUGUCUUUUGAUGAAAUGGGCCUCGACGACAAGGUCCUUCAUUCUAUUGCCUUAUUUGGAUGGAAUCGACCGACGCUGAUUCAGGAAAAGACCAUUCCUCUAGCUCUUGAAGGCCAUGAUAUUUUGGCUCGAGCAAGCACUGGAACGGGCAAAACAGGAGCCUUCUCCAUACCGAUUGUGCAAAAGCUCCUCGAAACAAAGCGGUACGAUUCGUCCAGCAAGUUGAGAGCACUUGUUUUAGCGCCAACAAAAGAAUUAUGCUCGCAAAUGCAUUCACAUUUCCGCACAUUGACAUCAUUCUGCUCAAGGGAAGUCUCCGUCGUCGACUUGUCACAAGGGUCCGUCGAGGACAAGCGUGCCAUUCUUGUUUCAGACAAGCCCGACAUAAUGAUAUCGACACCGAAAAAAGUAAUAGAGUACCUGAAUGCAAAACUACUAUCGUCGAUUAAAGAUGAUCUCAGCUACCUGGUCAUUGACGAGUCGGACCUCAUGUUCUCCUUUGGCUACGAGAAAGACUUGAUGAAGGUGUUGGAGAACUUGCCCAAAUCAGGUGUUCAGAGUUUUCUCAUGUCUGCUACACUAAACACCGACGUCAAGGAGCUAAAAAAGCUUGUCCUCCACAAACCAGUCAUUCUGAAGCUCCAAGAGCCUGAUCUGCCGGAGAGUGGCAAGUUGCAGCAGUACCACAUUGAAGUGCAGGAUGACGAGGAAAAGUUUGUCCUGGUCAAUGCCCUUCUAAAGCUGGGCCUCAUUGUCGGCAAGACGAUAGUCUUUGUAAGCAGCGUCGACCGGUGCUACCAGCUGAAGUUGUUUCUCGAGCAGUUUGCUAUUCGCACCUGUGUGCUCAACUCUGAGCUGCCUAUCGCUUCGCGAUGCUACGUGGUGGAGCAAUUCAACUCGAACCAGUACGACAUUAUAAUUGCAAGCGACGAGAAGUGCGUCAUUGAUCCGGGCACUCGAGAGAAGAAAAAAUCGCCCAAAGGCAAUGCUCAGUACGGCGUAUCGCGGGGAAUCGACUUUAAGUUUGUCUCCAAUAUUAUCAACUUUGACUUUCCCACCACCGUUGACUCGUACCUUCAUCGAGUGGGUAGAACGGCUCGCGGAAAUGAGGAGGCAGAGGGAAAUGUACUCUCCUUUGUCUCGCCACGAGAGAGCAAAUAUUUUCAAAAAGUCUCCAAAAAGUUUGGCGAAAAGGGCAACUUCCGGCCAUAUCAGUUCAAGAUGGACGAGCUGGAAGCCUUCAAAUACCGUGCGCGCGACGCCCUGCGAGCAGUCACCUCGAUCGCCAUCAAGGAGGCUCGCAUUAAAGAAAUCAAACGUGAAAUGCUCGCUUCGACGGCUCUCAAAAGCUUCUUCAAGGACCAUCCAAAGGACCACAAGAUACUCAAAUUUGACCGGCCUCUGCACACGGUGAAGCACAAAGCCCACCUGGCAGACGUCCCUGAGUACAUUGUGCCGAAGACGCUGCAAACGGUGGUCAAGUCGAAGCGAGAGAACAAGCGCAUCGAGGAGGCCGCAUCUCUCAGCUAUGAGCCCAAGAAGCGGCGAAAGGCGAGGCCAGCAGCUGCUCAGCGUCGUUCCGCUAAGGACUCUGACCCCUUAAAGACGUUCCGACUCAACUCCAUCAAGCGGUACAAGGACAAAAAGCGAGCUAGGAGACGUAAGUGA